AUGAUGGACAGUGUCGACAAGGUGACAAAGUUGAUCCCCAGACUGAAGUAUCAAUUAUUAUUUUUGAAAGAGCGUGAAAAACUAUUUAAAGCAAAUAACAGCAAGUCUUUCUCCAAUGUUGAUUCACCAUCAGUUAUCCCCAAAGAUCUCAAUUCUUCUUCAUCGUCAUCGGAUAAUUUUGCUAUGAGUGAUUCAUCAGGUGUGAAUAUUCAUGAUCGGACAUUAACUGAAUUACAGGUGAAAGAAAAUACCGACUCGACAUUUCCUGCUGAAUACACUAUUCCACAAUUGCCACAACCUUUGUUAUAA